AUGCGCGGGUCCAGUUUGGCGCAGCAGCGCAUUGCGGAUUUGGAGCGCGAAGUUGAGGCGCUCAAGGAGGAACGAACAGUGUUGUACCGGUCGCAGGGAACGAAUGCCCAGAGGCUGCUGGACCUCAGCGACCAGAUGCGCGAAAAUGACGACCGGAUGCGGCAACAGGAGCUGGAAAUCAGCGACUCCCAUGAGGCGCUCCGGCGGACAAACAGCAAGAUAAACGAUAUGCAGGACACGCUCAAGGAGAAAGACGGCACAAUCCAGAUUCUCCAGGACGAGAUGAGCGCGCUGCAGCUGGAGAUAGUCCAAAUCGAGGAGAGGUGCGGCCGGCUGCAAGCUGAGAACGACGACCUUGUGCGGAGAUGGUUGAAGAAAAUGAACGACGAGGCCGAAAAGGUCAACGAUGUGACGCAUGAGCUGGAGCUGAUCAAGCGCAAGUCGGCCGCGCUGUCCCCGCGCCUGGGCAUGGCAGCGGUCUUCGAGGACGACCAUUACUUUGGCCUGUCGCCGAUCAGCGUGCGCCACGGCGGGUCGGUUGCGCCGCGGAGCGCCGUUGGCAAGAUUGACGCGCGCAUGGAGGAGCUGCACUCCAUUGCGCUAACCAGUAAUGGCGAGCUUCUGGCGGUCGGCGGCCAGAGCUCGACAGUCAAGGUGUUUGAGGCGGCUACUGGUGACAGUGUCUACUCGCUGACCGGCUGCCUCAAGGGCGUCAACCAUGUGGAGAUCAGCUCUGAUAACUCGAUGCUGCUGGCGGCGUCCAGCGACCACACGGCACGCAUCUGGAAGCUCGACACCGGCCGCCACUGGAAGUCGCUGACCGGGCACAUCGGCAGCGUCGUCACGGCCAAAUUCAACAUUGAUGGCAGCCGUGUGUUCACGUAUAGCCAGGACCGCACCGUCAAGGUGUGGGACACGCAGCGCGGGCUGUGCAUAAAGACGCUAUUCACAGUGUCCAGCUGCCACGACAUCGCCAUCCUGGACAGUGAGGGCCAUCGCCUCGUCACCGCGCAUAUGGACAAUAGCAUCCGCAUUUGGGACACCGUGUCUGGGAAGAAGCUGCAGGAGGCUGCUAUCCACAAGGAGCAGGUCAUGUCGGUGUGGGCGAACCGCACUGGCACGCGCGUAUUGACCAACUCGUGCGACGGUACGCUCAAGUUCGUCGAUACCGCGACGAUGGAUGUCCUGACUGUUAUGUCGGCCUCCGGGUAUCGCCCCAGCCGUAACUGGGCGCGCGCGUCGCUCAGCCCUGAUGAGCGUUAUGCGAUGGCCGGAUCCAUCGACGGAAAGCUCUAUGUGUGGGAUGUCAAUAGCGGCGACCUUGUGCGCUCACUGGAUAUCCACAAAUCGGCUGUGUGCGACUCGCUAUGGGACCCGACAGGCGCCCGCGUGUACAGUGCUGAGAAGGGCCGGUACAUCAUGAUGCUCCAGUGA